AAAUCGGACCGGGGUGGGGGAAGGCAAAUUAGACCGGGGCGAACCAGCAGUUCUGGAAAGUUCGACGGCGUUCUAGUCCAGCCCACGCUGCUCAUUUCCAGACCCAUCUCAUCUCCCCCCUUCAUAUCUCCGACUCCAACAAUAAAUCAUUCACUCUUUCCCCAAUUUCUCCAUACCUUUCUUAAAAUUCAUAUCUCAAAUCUUUUGGAAUUUGCACGCACCUUUUUCUGCAGCUCAACAACGCACAUAUUCUAUUGAAACGACCUGUGUUAGUUAGAGAAGAAAACAGGAAGAAAGAGAGAGAGAUAUGGGUGUUGAUUACUACAAGAUAUUGCAGGUCGACAAGAACGCGAAAGAUGACGACUUGAAGAAAGCUUACAGAAAGCUCGCGAUGAAGUGGCAUCCCGACAAGAAUCCCAACAACAAGAAAGAUGCUGAGGCUAAAUUCAAGCAGAUUUCCGAAGCAUAUGAUGUUCUAAGUGAUCCUCAAAAGAGGGCUGUAUACGAUCAGUACGGCGAAGAAGGUCUGAAGGGUCAAGUGCCGCCGCCGGAUGCUGGUGGUGCGACAUUCUUCCAAUCAGGAGACGGACCAAACGUGUACAGGUUUAAUCCGAGAAACGCCGACGACAUAUUCGCCGAGUUCUUCGGCUUUUCAGGCCCCUUAGGAGGCGGCGGAAUGAGGGGCGGUAGAGGCUUCGGAGGCUCCAUGUUCGGUGAGGACAUCUUCAGCUCCUUCGGCGGGGGAGGGGGCGACGGCAGGCCAAUGAGUACCGGUCCCAGAAAGGCGCCACCGAUCGAGCAGAAGCUGCCUUGCAGCUUGGAAGAGCUGUACAAGGGAGCUACAAAGAGGAUGAAAAUCUCCAGAGAGAUAUCUGACGCCAGUGGGAAGACAUUGCCGGUGGAGGAGAUUCUGACGAUUGACAUAAAACCUGGGUGGAAGAAAGGAACGAAGAUCACAUUCCCUGAGAAGGGGAACGAGCAGCCGAAUGUGAUCCCUUCCGAUUUAGUGUUCAUAAUCGACGAGAAGCCGCACAGCGUGUUCACGAGAGAUGGAAAUGAUCUAAUCGUGACGCAGAAGAUAUCGCUGGCUGAAGCAUUGACGGGUUACACGGUGCACCUGACGACGUUGGAUGGAAGGAGCUUGAGCGUGCCGAUUAACAGCGUCAUCCAUCCCAACUACGAAGAGGUGCUUCCAAGAGAAGGGAUGCCUUUUCCUAAAGAACCCACCAAAAGGGGCAAUCUCAGGAUCAAAUUCAACAUUAAGUUCCCAACAAGGUUGACGCCUGAUCAGAAAUCCGGAAUCAAGAAACUACUUUCUGCUUGAGUUCAAAAUGUAUCCUCAUUUUUCACUUGUGUGUUUGUUUCUUGGGGGCUCGAAUUUUGAAGGAUUGUAGCUGCUAGUCAAUAAACAUGUUUGCUAUUAUGUUGAUAAUUCAUUACUACACAUUAUACCCAGUCCUAGUGAAUCCAGCCAAUUCCAUUAGGCCUUUGUACAAUAUGUCAAAAACGGUCAAGAAAUGGUAGUAAAUCUUUAGCAUUUAA